AUGUCUCUUGCUGAACCCUUGUGCUUGCACGUGCAGGAACCCAUCGAUAAUUCCGAACGACCAAGGAAGAAGAUCCGUGGGAGGGAUCGCUCAGGUAAUGACUACCGCGAGUUACCAGCACACGAGGAUACAGACAAAGGAGGUCGAGGAUCCGCAGAAGUCGAGGCGGCACUGCAUGACCUUUAUAGAAACGUUCCAAGAAGCAUGCGGCUCCUCUUCGGCUCCAGAGUAGCAGUUAACGGAAUUGUACCAGACACGAUGAUGCGAGAUACGCUGGCAGCCAUGGCAGAAUAUCGAGAUAAAAGAAUACAGCAGGCAGGGCUGAGAAUACUGGGAAAGAUUUCAUGGGAAGAUGAAACAGUAAAGAUGUUUAGAUCCAAAGCAGGAUUUGAAGCGGUGAUAAUGGCGAUUCGGGAGCACGAGCAAGAUAACUGGCUUCAAGAAGCCGGGUUCGAAGUUGUCCGGGGCCUCCUCGACCAUGCGAUGAAUCACUGCAGGCACAGUUACGGCGAUGAGAACAAGAUUGAGAUGAGGAGGGAGAUCCGAGCUGCAGGAUGCGUCGAUGCAGCCAUUGGCGCCAUGAGGAAGCAUGCUGCCAAUCUGAGUUUACAAGAAACCGCAUUGGUUGUGCUGGCAGGUGUCAUGCAGGAUGAUGAAGGGAGAAGAGAGGUUCUUGCGGCGGGAGGAGAGAAGGCGGUCUUGGAUGCCAUGCGCACGUGCAAGACAGACGCACCAGUCCUGCAUGCCGCCCUGGAGGUGCUCGUGAUGAUCUCCCAAGUGCAACAAGGUCGAAGAGAGGUCCUUGCGGCGGGAGGAGAGAAGGCGGUCUUGGAGGCCAUGCAGGAGCACAAGGAUGACGAGGAAGUGCGCACGACGGGGCUGAAAGUGAUAAGGAGCUUGUUAGAGGAGGAGGAGGGGAGGAGGGCGAUGCUCGCAGCCGGAGUGGUCGAGCUGGUGAAGUCAACUCUCAAGUUCAGAGAAAAUAGUUGCGCUCGUGAUCAGGCCUUAGCGGUACUCAGCUGCCUUGCAACGGACAAGGUCCAUGGGCCCAACAAGAGUGUCGAAGCGGUCACGGGGGCUAUGCGAGGGCACCAGGAGGACUUGAGCGUGCAGAGAGCCGGAAUGGAGAGCUUGAUGACGAUGAGUAGCAUGCAGGGGCUCGAUGCGGUAUUUGCAGCCAUGCAUCAUCACAUACAAGAUGAGUGGAUACAAGAAGCGGGGCUUGAACUUGUCUGUGACCUCCUCUACCAUGCCACGCUCACCAUUAAAAUGUGGGACAGGCACGGCUACGACGAUGAGAACGAGGCAAUAGAGAUGAGGAGGGAGAUCCGAGCUGCAGGAUGCGUCGAUGCAGCCAUUGGCGCCAUGAGGAAGCAUGCUGCCAAUCUGAGUUUACAAGAAACCGCAUUGGUUGUGCUGGCAGGUGUCAUGCAGGAUGAUGAAGGGAGAAGAGAGGUUCUUGCGGCGGGAGGAGAGAAGGCGGUCUUGGAUGCCAUGCGCACGUGCAAGACAGACGCACCAGUCCUGCAUGCCGCCCUGGAGGUGCUCGUGAUGAUCUCCCAAGUGCAACAAGGUCGAAGAGAGGUCCUUGCGGCGGGAGGAGAGAAGGCGGUCUUGGAGGCCAUGCAGGAGCACAAGGAUGACGAGGAAGUGCGCACGACGGGGCUGAAAGUGAUAAGGAGCUUGUUAGAGGAGGAGGAGGGGAGGAGGGCGAUGCUCGCAGCCGGAGUGGUCGAGCUGGUGAAGUCAACUCUCAAGUUCAGAGAAAAUAGUUGCGCUCGUGAUCAGGCCUUAGCGGUACUCAGCUGCCUUGCAACGGACAAGGUCCAUGGGCCCAACAAGAGUGUCGAAGCGGUCACGGGGGCUAUGCGAGGGCACCAGGAGGACUUGAGCGUGCAGAGAGCCGGAAUGGAGAGCUUGAUGACGAUGAGUAGCAUGCAGGGGCUCGAUGCGGUAUUUGCAGCCAUGCAUCAUCACAUACAAGAUGAGUGGAUACAAGAAGCGGGGCUUGAACUUGUCUGUGACCUCCUCUACCAUGCCACGCUCACCAUUAAAAUGUGGGACAGGCACGGCUACGACGAUGAGAACGAGGCAAUAGAGAUGAGGAGGGAGAUCCGAGCUGCAGGAUGCGUCGAUGCAGCCAUUGGCGCCAUGAGGAAGCAUGCUGCCAAUCUGAGUUUACAAGAAACCGCAUUGGUUGUGCUGGCAGGUGUCAUGCAGGAUGAUGAAGGGAGAAGAGAGGUUCUUGCGGCGGGAGGAGAGAAGGCGGUCUUGGAUGCCAUGCGCACGUGCAAGACAGACGCACCAGUCCUGCAUGCCGCCCUGGAGGUGCUCGUGAUGAUCUCCCAAGUGCAACAAGGUCGAAGAGAGGUCCUUGCGGCGGGAGGAGAGAAGACGGUCUUGGAGGCCAUGCAGGAGCACAAGGAUGACGAGGAAGUGCGCACGACGGGGCUGAAAGUGAUAAGGAGCUUGUUAGAGGAGGAGGGGGGGAGGAGGGCGAUGCUCGCAGCCGGAGUGGUCGAGCUAGUGAAGUCAAUCCUGGGGAGUGCCUGGGAGGACUUGAGCGUACAGGAGGCAGGAAUGGAGUGCACGGAGAGUUCUAAGGAACGAGAAUUGCUGAAGAGGGAUGGGCCAGAGGCAGUGGUGUUAGAGUUUCGAAAGAACACGUCAGUUUGCAACGGUCUGAUAUUCCUGAAAUCACAUAUCAUGAAGGGGCAGGAGGAAUUGUUGGAGUUAUUGGAGGCAGGAGUAGUGGAGGCCAUCGUAGAUGCCAUGAACGGGCUGAGCAAUACCUGGGAUUGUGGAGAUCUGUUCGACAGGGGGAUGGAACUGCUGGGACAGAUUUCACACGAAGAAAAGGGACGGUACAAGAUCCGAGCGGCUGGUGGGAUUCAGACAAUUUUAUCUAUUUGCAGCAAUGAAUCAAUCAAUUGGAGUUUGAAGACAAAAGGUCUUGAAGUGCUCUUAACGAUCUCAGAGAAUGAAGACGGAUGCAAGGAAAUCCGAGCAGCUGGAGGCUUGACGAAAAUCCUUCUCUUUUUGGAUGAUGUGCGCCCGUCAGACCAUCGCUGGCGUCGCAUGUUCGAGUGGGGAGAGAUUCGUAUCAUCUUUACAUUGAUCGGUAGCCUUACAUCGGAGGGAAAGUAUGACCACAACAAUGCCGAAAUCGUUGCGUUAGUAUGUGCCAUGCGGGAGGACAAGAACGACGAUGUUUGUCAGCGGGUCGGUAUUGUGGUGAUCGAAUCGUUGCUGUUGGACUUAGAUUGCAAAGAAGCGUUUCUUGCGGCGGGAGGAGAGAAGGUGGUCUUGGAUGCCAUGCGCACGUGCAAGACAGACGCACCAGUCCUGCAUGCCGCCCUGGAGGUGCUCGUGAUGAUCUCCCAAGUGCAACAAGGUCGAAGAGAGGUCCUUGCGGCGGGAGGAGAGAAGACGGUCUUGGAGGCCAUGCAGGAGCACAAGGAUGACGAGGAAGUGCGCACGACGGGGCUGAAAGUGAUAAGGAGCUUGUUAGAGGAGGAGGGGGGGAGGAGGGCGAUGCUCGCAGCCGGAGUGGUCAAGGUAUUGCUAUCAUUCUUGAGUCACAAGCAGAAAUAUGUGGGAGUUGACGAAAAGACUGAGCUAUUGAUGCUCCUCGGCUUCAUAGCGAUCUAUCAGAGAAGUCAGUCAGAAGCACACUUCAAGUUCACCAACAAAUAUAGCUUGAAGACGAUCGAGUCAGUAGUCAAGCUUGAGGCGAUCAUAGCUGCCAUGAUUGAGCAUAAGGAACAUGUCCAAGUGCAGGCGAGUGGGUUUGAACAAAUACAAAUGGUUUUGAAGGAAAUUGAUGGUGGAGGGAUGGAGUUCAUAACAUGUGGAGCGUUUGAGUUAUUGAUGGCUGCCAUGAGGAAAAGUGAAGAAAGCUCAGAGUUGAAACGAGCAUGUUUGACGACACUAAGUUGGUUGACGUCAGAAGGGCAGGCGCGAAGGGAGGUCCGUAAAGCAGGAUGCAUUAAGGCAACAUCUCAUAUCAUUCUGGAAUGCGCCACCAAGCAACUUUGGGAUUUAGGGCUGCAAGUGUUGGCCAACUUAUGGUUGGAUGACGAAGCGCGAAGUGAGAUCCUUUCAUGUAAAGUGCUCAAGAUGCUGGUGAAGGAGAUGGUAACUUACGGGAGCCUUUGUAGACCAGGGUUUACGCUUAUCAAACAGAUUCUGUGGGACAAGGAUGGGUGGAAGAAGUUCCUGGCUGCAGGAGGUGCCAAGGCCAUAGUGGUUGCGAUGGAGAUGUUUGAUUUCCCUCUUGAGUUGUUGAGAAUCGAGGAAAUGGCAAGAGCGUUCAAGGCAGCAGGGGGAGUGAACUCUGUGCUGUCAGCCUUAACAUGUGAUUCCAAAAAGAACCAUAUGGACAUGUUCAAAGUUCUGAGCUGCCUUGCGACGAAGAACGAUGGUGCUGAAGCAGACAUGCAGGACAUCGGCGAUGAGCAGAUUGUAGCAAGUGUGAUGCAGGAGCACGGGGCUGAUGCAAACGUGCAGGAAUCUGGUCUUACCUUGUUCCAUGGUAUGCUUGGGACCAGCUCAAAGUGGGAAAAGAAGCCUGAGCGUGCUGUUAUACUCAAGUCAGCUGUAGCUGCGACUUGCAAGCACCCUGGAAGGCUGGAGAGAGAUCCGGGAAGCAGGAGGGUUGAAUGCAGUGAUGACAGCUAUGCAGGAUAUGGUUCAGGCGGGGCCAACAGACGCCGGGGGGGGCAAGAAUCGCUGUAUGUGCUCAGUACAAGAAUCUUGCAAGAUCAGAUUAGCAAUGAUACCGAAAACAGGAGGUUGUCACAAGGAUUGGAAACACUUGGCAUCUUUGCGAAUUCAAAGGAAGGAAGUAGGGAUGUUUGGGCAGCAGAAGGUGUUCAGUGUGCUUUGGCUGCGAUGUUCAAGUUCAUUUACAACCGCGAAGUGCAGAGUCAAUCGCUGUCUUUGCUACUAAACUUGCUGCAAGAAGAAUGCCAAGUGUGUGACUUCAUAGCAAUGGGAGGGGUCAAGGCGUUGUUGACCGCCAUGCGAACAUGCCGACCACAGUCAAACUCUCAUGCGAUGGAAAGUUGGGUCAAACUUUUGAGACAAGUCUCGCAGGUCAAGGAGGGGCGGAGGGAGAUCCGGGCAGCGGAAGGGGUGAAGCAGAUUGUCCAUGUGAUCCAAACGUGCGAGCACCUUCCUUGGGUUGGAUCGAUACAGAAAGCUGGGAUGAGGAUACUUGGGAAUAUUGGGAAAGACGAGGAGGGACGAAGUGAGAUAAUAGCUGCAGGCGAGAUCCUGGAUUCUGACGAUUUCCUCUCUUCAUGUGGAAGCAUGCAAAGUCUUAAACUAGAGCGCACCCCAAAAGACGAACUGGCCGAACUGAAAUCCUUGAGAAAGAACCGAAAGCCUAGGCGCUGGAAAUUUGCACGAUGUGCAAGAAGCUUCGACCACUAA